GCUUCACCCGACCGCUGUAAUGUGAAAAGCCGCAUAUGCACUAUUAGUACUGACACACUCAAGAGAAAAGCAAGUGAGCACCUAUAAUUUUACCUCACCGCUCUAGUCAUAUCCAGAGUGCGGAUUAACACGUUUAAGUGCUAUAACCAUGUCCAGGGUAGCAGGCGGCGCUGCUAAUGAUGUCACCCGCCUCCUCUCUACGGGAGCGGGGCCUGGGUCACCAACCCCUGUAUUCUCAGCUUCAAGCCAAGCUGAUUGGGCGGCCAAGAGGCUCGUCUGGGUGCCUUCAGAGAAACAUGGGUUUGAGUCUGCAAGUGUGCGUGAGGAGCGAGGUGAUGAGGUGGAGGUGGAGCUUACAGACAGUGGGCGGAAACUGACACUGUCAAGGGAGGAGCUUCAGCGGAUGAACCCGCCCCGUUUUAGUAAAGUUGAAGACAUGGCCGAUCUCACGUGCCUCAAUGAGGCUUCUGUCUUACACAACCUUCGUGAGAGAUACUAUUCAGGACUCAUAUAUACGUACUCUGGCCUGUUUUGUGUGGUGAUAAACCCCUAUAAGAACCUGCCCAUCUAUACAGAGUCCAUCAUUGAGAUGUAUCGUGGGAAGAAACGGCAUGAGAUGCCACCACAUAUUUAUGCCAUAUCGGAGGCAGCCUACAGGAGCAUGCUGCAAGACAGAGAAGAUCAGGCCAUCCUGUGCACGUGAGUGUCU